CUUGCGAAGCAGAGUCGCGAACGACGUGGAAAGCCUCCAACUUUCUGGUUUUUUACUCUUUCUUUAUUGAGGUCGCUUGUUCGUGUUCGCUAAUGCCAAUGACUGGAUUCUGAUUCUGAAGCCAGCAGGGUCUGGGUAGGAUCGAAUCUGCCAAAUUCAGAAGAUCCUCCGCUUGAAAGUCGUUGCCUUUUCGACUCGAACGGAGGCUUAAAGUCCUACCCUUUAUUCUCAUCCUCCACCCGCUCCCCUUUAUCCCUCCUCCUUCGUUCCCAGUUCAUCGCAGAAUCACAAGGCUUUGGCUUGACACUCAAGUGAGCUUUUGGAGUGCCCUGAGAGAAAAAGUGGCAAAUAUGGGCAAAGGAGGCAUGUCUCGCGAGAAUGGCGAUGGAGAGAACAUGGCUGCUUGGCUCGUUGGUGUCAACACCCUGAAGAUUCAACCUUUCACUCUCCCUCCACUUGGCCCCCAUGAUGUCAGAGUCAGGAUGAAGGCUGUUGGUAUAUGUGGGAGCGACGUUCACUAUCUGAAGACGCUAAGAUGCGCGCAUUUCGUGGUGGAAGAGCCUAUGGUGAUCGGGCAUGAGUGUGCAGGGAUCAUAGAAGAAGUGGGGAGUGAAGUCAAGACAUUGGUUCUGGGUGAUCGAGUGGCCCUAGAGCCAGGGAUCAGCUGUUGGCGUUGUGAUCAUUGUAAAGAAGGCCGAUACAAUCUCUGUCCUGACAUGAAGUUCUUUGCCACUCCUCCUGUACAUGGUUCUCUUGCCAAUCAGGUGGUGCAUCCCGCAGACCUUUGUUUUAAGCUUCCAGACAAUGUGAGUUUGGAGGAAGGGGCAAUGUGCGAGCCCCUGAGCGUUGGAGUUCAUGCUUGUCGCAGAGCUAAUGUCAGUUCAGAGACAAACAUUUUGGUAAUGGGUGCAGGACCUAUAGGGCUUGUCACAAUGUUAGCUGCCCGUGCUUUUGGAGCACCCAGAAUUGUCAUUGUGGAUGUUGAUGACCACCGCUUAUCAGUUGCAAAGGAUCUGGGUGCAGAUGACAUCGUGAAAGUUUCUACAGAUAGGAAGGAAAUACCUGAAGAGGUGGUACUGAUACAAAAAGCAAUGGGAACAGAGAUUGACGUGAGCUUUGACUGUGCCGGUUUCGACAAAACUAUGUCAACAGCACUGAAUGCCACUCGGUCUGGCGGCAAAGUUUGCCUUGUGGGAAUGGGUCAUAACCACAUGACUGUCCCGCUUACUCCUGCUGCUGCAAGGGAGGUUGAUGUGAUUGGCAUAUUCCGGUACAAGAACACAUGGCCUCUCUGCCUCGAGUUUCUAAGAAGUGGCAAGAUAGAUGUGAAGCCCCUCAUAACCCACAGAUUUGAGUUCUCCCAGAAGGGAGUCGAAGACGCCUUUGAGACGAGUGCUCGGGGCGGCAACGCCAUCAAGGUCAUGUUUAAUCUGUGAGAACGGAAUCACGCCAAGAAAAUUUCCGUCACGCGGUGAAGUGUCUUGGCUGUGACAUGUAAACCAUAGAUUUCAACCUUUAGGUGUGGAUUGAUAUAUCGAGGAAUCUGCUUUGGUUUGCCUUGCUCAAUCUGGGAAAGUUGAAUAACAGAAGUUGGCAAUGAUGUAGACAGUGUGUGGCUCUGGGCAAA